AUGAAAUCCUUAAAGAAUCUAAUUAAGGAAUAUAUUAUGACAAGGAGAAAAUAGAAGAGUAAAAUUAGUUUUUACAACAGUAUCAUUAUACAAUUAUAAACUUUCAAAGAAAAUUUGUGUUAAAAGACUUAUACUUUUGGAAAUUUCAUUGAUGAGUUGAGAAACAUCCUUACUCCUACUCAAGUAGCUAAGGUUAUAUUAGGUUUGGAGAAGUAUCAUAAGGAAUUUAGUGUGUCGAAUGUGUAGAAGCAAUUUGAGGAUGAAUUUGAUACAAUAGUCAAAUAAGAAGAAUGGUAAUUCGAUGAUACUGUGUCAAAAAAGGUUCAUAUAUGA